AUGGUUACAUCUUCUGAUACUGAUACUACUAUUCUCAUGACAUUAACUAGCACUACAACAUUAACAACUGACACAUCAGAUACUAUUUAUAUAUCAUGGCUGAAAACAACACUAACAACUCAACAAGUGAUAAGAAGUGCAAUUACCUUAUCAAAACCACAACCAACUACAUCAGAAACAAAGGAUUCAACUGACUCCAUCACAGAUCAAUCAACAAGUUCAACACCAUCAAAUACUAAUUCAAUAACUUCAGAUUCAACAAAUGAAACAUCAUCAACAAAAACAACAAAAGUAACAACAUUAGCACCAUCAGAUUAUUCAUCAAGAUUACAAUUUGGUGAUAUACCAUCAUCAAAUUCAAGUCAGGUAGGAGUAGCAAUAGGUAUUCCUAUAUCAAUUUUCAUAAUAUUUUUUAUAUCAUUAGGAGUAUGGUAUUUUUUAAGAUUGAAAAAUGCUAAAAAAAAAUCAAAAACAAUUGGUAAUACUAAUAAUAAUUCAAAAUCAUUUACUUUUGAUCCAUUUGAUGAUUUAAAUUAUAAUUUAUCUAAAAAUCAACAACGUCAUGCAUUUAUGAAUCAAAGUUCAGAUACUUUAAAUGAAAAACCUUAUCCUAAUUUAUUUUCACCUACAAAUUAUUUACACACUGCUAAAGAAUUAGAAAUGUAUCAACAACAACAACAACAGCAACAACGUCAACAAGGUUAUGGACCAAGGUUUAAAAAUCAAUUGAAUAGAUUAAGUAAAAUGUGGCCCAAAAGAGAUAGACAACAAGAAUUAUCAGCUUCUAAAAUUUACAAUCAACAUCAACAACCCCAACCACCUCCACAACCACGAGAUCUUCACUUAGAAGAAUUACAAAAUCCACAACCAAAUUUAUUUAAACGUAUGUCAAUGAUAACUCCAAUUUUUUUAAAACAAUUUAAUUUAAAAUCAACUCAAAAUGACCCAAGUAUAAGACCACAAUUUAUAAAUAUACCAAUAAGUACUCAAUCUCAAACUAUACAACCACAAAGAAGUUGUUCAAAUCAAAGUUAUUAUAUAGUUAUAAAAUCAUAUUUAAAAAAUUUAAAUGAUGAAAUUUCAAUAAAUGUUGGUGAAAAAUGUAUUAUAUUGGAAAAACAUAGUGAUGGUUGGUGUAAAAUUAAAUUAAUUAAAAAUUAUAUAUCUGAUGGUGAAUUAAUUAAUAAUAAUGAAAUUGAAGGAUUAGUUCCAAGAAUGUGUUUACAAAAAAUUUAA